GGGGGAACAGCAAGAAGGGGGCGGGGUUGAGGGGGGCGGGCCUGGACGUGGGGAGUGAAAGCGAAAGCCCAGGCGGCGAGCCGGGAGACCGAUCUACCUGCUGGAGCAGCAUGGCCAAGCCUUGUGGGGUGCGCCUGAGCGGGGAAGCCCGCAAACAGGUGGAUGUCUUCAGGCAAAAUCUUUUCCAGGAGGCUGAGGAAUUCCUCUACAGAUUCUUGCCACAGAAAAUCAUGUACCUGAAUCAGCUCUUGCAGGAGGAUUCCCUCAACGUGGCUGACCUGACCUCUCUCCGGGCCCCACUGGACAUCCCCAUCCCAGACCCCCCACCCAAGGAUGAUGAGAUGGAAACAGAUAAGCAGGAGAAGAAAGAAGUCCCCAAGUGCGGCUUUCUCCCUGGGAACGAGAAGGUCCUGGCCCUGCUUGCCCUGGUUAAGCCAGAAGUCUGGACUCUUAAAGAAAAAUGCAUUCUGGUGAUCACAUGGAUCCAGCACCUGAUCCCCAAGAUUGAGGAUGGAAAUGACUUUGGGGUGGCAAUCCAGGAGAAGGUGCUAGAAAGGGUGAAUGCGGUCAAGACCAAAGUGGAAGCCUUCCAGACAACCAUUUCCAAGUACUUCUUAGAACGCGGGGAUGCUGUGGCCAAGGCCUCUAAGGAGACCCAUGUAAUGGAUUACCGGGCCCUGGUACACGAGCGAGACGAGGCGGCCUAUGGGGAGCUCAGGGCCAUGGUGCUGGACCUGAGAGCCUUCUAUGCUGAGCUUUAUCAUAUCAUCAGCAGCAACCUGGAGAAGAUUGUCAACCCCAAGGGUGAAGAGAAACCAUCUAUGUACUGAUCCCAGGGCUAGAAGGGACAUAAAUGACCUAUACUUUGUGUGGAUUACCUCCAGUGUGUGUCAUUUAUUUAAAAAGCAUUUAUUGAGUGCC